AUGACAGAAAUUGAGAAAUUAUUUGAUGAUGUAAGGAAUAAUGACGAAUAUAUCAAAUUAUUUUUAGAUCACCCUGCAGAAAUAGAUGAAACAAAUGGACAAUUUUUAAUUGAAAUUCCAAAUUUGGAUCGUAUCAAACAAUCAUUAGCUCCAUAUUUGGACAGAAUUACACCAGAAUAUGAAUUUCUUAUAAAACCAGAGAAUACAAUUGACAUGAAAACUAAAGAAGAUAUACCUUUGAAUUGCCAUGAACCUUUCCCAUCUGUUAAUUUAUUAACAGAAUUACCAAAUGAUGUUCCUUCUUUUAAUCCAUUUGAAAUUUCAAUUGAAAAGAAAAUUGUUCAAAGCAAGCAAUAUAGUAGUAUUUUUCAUGAUGUUAUUGUUAAAUCAGGAAAAAGGGGAGGAGAUCCAAAAGAUUUUCUCAAUAAAAGAGUUCUUGCUCAAUGGCCAUAUAGAACUAUUUGCAUCGUUAUGGAUAUUGUUGAGAAACCAAAUGAUUAUGACAUUAAUGUUAAAUUGGAUGAUGAUGAAAAGUUUGUUUUGUUAUUACCAGUUGAUCCACAAACUAAUUUCCAAGUUAGAAAAGAAUUCAUUUAUCCAUGGAGUUUAACAAGACCAUCAACACAAAACAGGAAAAUUAGGCCUAAAGAAUAUGAAGCAGAUGUUCUUUUAACUCGUCCAAGAAAUGAAAACUGGGAAAGCUUUCGAUGUCUUUCAUAUUUAUUCCGAGAAGUAAAAUGGCGUGAUGUAGAUUUUCGAAAGAUUUGGGCAGAUCUUGGACUGUGUUCAUUUGGAUAUUGUAUUCCUUUUUACUUGUCGAUGUAUGACAAACAAAUAUAUGUUGACAGGGACAAGAUAGAGAAAUAUAUUGAUUUGUAUAUAAGGCAUGUCCCAAAAUCAUGCUAUUUAAGAGAUAAAGAACUUUCAGAACAAGAUGAACGAUAUCUAGAGGAUAAUUAUGAAAUUGUGAAUUUUACAAGAUUAGAUGGGCUCCCACCAGUUUAUCUUUCAAGUUUGGAUACAUAUUCAAAAACAGAUGUCGAAUGGUUGGAAAAGAAUUCAAAAUUGAAAUUCGAGCACAAGAAAAUUCUUCCAACUCUUCUGAAGAAGUUUCCUAUCUUACUGAAGAAACCCAUUUUACUACGUGUAAAAAUCUAA